AUGCUGGCGGCGGAGGGGACCGGGAACGGGGAACCGUCGUGCCGGCAGUCCCCGCCGUGCCGCCGCCGCCGCGCGGUGCCGCGUGCCCGGCGCGGGAUGGAGCGCGGCGCGCCGCCCUUCCCCGGGGACGGGGCCCGAGCCCUGGCGGCGCCCCCCGAGCCGGGGCUCCUCCCGCAGGACCCCAAAGGCGGCGCCCACCCCGAGGAGGAGCCGGCGCCCGCGGGGCCCCAGCGCGGCGAGGAACCCUCGGAGCUCUUCUCCUCAUCCUCCUCAUCCUCCUCAUCCUCAUCAUCGUCAUCAUCAUCAUCCUCGCUGGCCCGGCACGAGCCCGACGUGGCCCUGGAAGCGCACGACGAGGCCGAUGAGCCCGACCCCGCUCUCUCCGGAGCCGUCCCGGCCGCCGCUCACCGGACACAGCUCGGCCCGGUUCCCGAGGAGCAGCCGCCGUUCCCGCGGGCUCUGUUCCGCCCGCUGCCCGCGGCCGCGUCCUGGGGCGCGCGCCCGGCCCACGGCACCGACCAAAGCACUUUAGAGCCGCGGCCCGGCCCCGGCCGCUCGCCGGGCAGCGCCGGCCACCGGCCCGAGACUCCGGACUGGGCCGAGCCUCCGGACGGUCACCGGCCAGAGCCGCCGGACUGGGCCGAGCCUCCGGACGGUCACUGGGCCGAGCCACCGGCCGGUCACCGGGCCGAACCACCGGACGAUGACCACUGGGCCGAGCCUCCGGACGAUGACCACUGGGCCGAGCCACCGGAUGGCCACCGGGUUGGGCGACCGGACGAUGGCCACUGGGCCGAGCCACCGGAUGGCCACCGGGUUGGGCAACCGGACUGGGACGAGCCCCCGGACGGCCGCCGGACCGAGGCGGCGCCGUCCCCGGAGGAGAAGCCCCCCCAGAAGGAACCAAAGCACCCGGAAGGGCUCGGCGGCGUCCGGCGCCUGGAGUGGAUCUCCAGGAGCCCCAGCCCGUCCUUCCAGGACCCCGGCUCGGCCUCGGGCCGCCGAUCGGCGCCGGCGUCGCGCAGAGCCAAAGCCAAACCCUCGGAGAGCGGCCGGAGGAGAUCGGAGCCGGAGCCCGCGGCCGAGUGGACGCCGCCGCCGCCCCGGCCGGACGCGGCGGUGGCCAAGCAGUCGUGGACGGUGAACGCCGAGGACGCGGUGGAGCGGCUGCCGGCGCCGGAGGCGGCCGAGGCGCGGCCGUUGGUGUGCGGGGUGCUGCUGGAGGAGCCCCCCAAGGAGGAGGAGGCCGAGGCGGAGGGGAGCGCGCCGAGCGUGUUCACCUGCAUCGAGUGCAGCAUCUACUUCCGCCGCAAGGAGCACCUGCUGGAGCACAUGCUGCAGCACAGCCGCAGCGGCGCCGACGCCGCGCCCGCCCGCCGCCUCCGCUGCGGCGAGUGCGGCUGGGCCUUCGCCGAGGCCGCGGCGCUGGAGCGGCACCGCCGGCGCCACCAGGAGUCCCGCGAGAGGAUCAUCGAGGAGAUCCGGAAGCUGAACGAUGAGUUCCCGGACGAGGGGCGCGAGGCGCGGCUGCAGUGCCCCAAGUGCGUCUUCGGCACCAACUCGUCCAAGAUCUUCGUGCAGCACGCCAAGAUGCACGUCAAGGAGAGGAAGGAGAGCGCCUCCAGGAGCUCCGGCGUCUUCGGGGACGGUCUCUACAAACCCUUCCCCAGCGAGGAGCCGCCCUCGGCGGCGGCGGCGGCGCCGGCAUCCGGCAAAGCGCCGAACGCCUGCGCGCUCUGCGGCUUCCCGGCGCCCACCGAGCACAUCCUCAAGGAGCACCUGAGGUACGCCCACUCGCGCUUGUCCUGGCAGCACCAGAGCUUCGAGGAGGACCCCGAGCGGCCCGGGACCUCCCGCGGCUCCUACAGCCCCACCCGGCCCGGCCGCUUCGCCGACGCCGCCGAGGGCUUCGGCAAAACCGACAGGGGAUUCCUGCUGCCGGGAGGUUCUUCCGUCUACGAGCCCGCGCCGGCCGCCUUCGGUCACACCAGGUCGGACAAGAGCGACCAAGGAGGCGCCAAGAAGGAGCCGCGCGGGUUCCACCACGCCAGGAAGGCGGCGCCGCUCUCGCACCAAAGCUCGGCCUGGGCCGGGUUCUCCCCGUCCCGGAGCUUCUCGCGCUCGGCGCUGCAGCAGCUGCGGAAGAGAGCGGCCACCCAGCAGCUGCAGGGCGGGGACAACCGCCGCGGGCACCGGGAGGACACGGAGCUGGGGGACAGCAGGACCACCACCACCACCACCACCACCAUCACCGUCCCUCGGGCCGCGCUGGAGCUCAAGAGAACCUUCAGCGCCACCCUGAGGGCCACGGACCCCGCGGUGGCUUCGGAGGAGCAGCGGCGGCAGCUGAGGAUGACGGUGCCCGUGGUGCUCCUGGAGGAGAUGAGCGCCCACCCCAGGGCGGCCAAGAGGCCGCGGGGGAAGCCCCUCAAGAAGAAGCUUCUCCCACCACCAGCACCACCAGCAGCAGCACCAACACGUGGUGGAGAGUUCCUGCUGGAGGAACCUCUGCCCUUGGACGUUCUGCUGCUGGACGCCCCUCUGGAGGGUCCCCUGGAGCUGGAGGAGCUGCUGGGCUCGGAGGCCACCAUGCUGAAGAACGAGGAGAGGAAAUGUCCCUACUGCCCCGACCGCUUCCACAACGGCAUCGGCCUGGCCAACCACGUGCGCGGCCACCUCAACCGCGUCGGCGUCAGCUACAACGUGCGCCACUUCAUCUCCGCCGAGGAGGUCAAGGCCAUCGAGCAGAAGUUCUCCUUCCAGAAGAAGAAGAAGAAAGUGGCCAACUUUGACCCGGGCACGUUCAGCCUGAUGCGCUGCGAGUUCUGCGGCGCCGGCUUCGACACCAGGGCGGGGCUGUCGAGCCACGCCCGCGCCCACCUGCGCGACUUCGGCAUCACCAACUGGGAGCUGACGGUGUCGCCCAUCCACAUCCUCAAGGAGCUGCUGGCCACGGCGCCCGAGCACCCGGCGCUGCUGCGCGCCUUGGGGCCCUCGCCGGGACGGGACCUCCACCACGAUCUCCAGCGGGACCUCCACCACCACGGUGACCUCCACCAGGAUCUCCAGCGGGACCUCCACCAUGGUGAUCUUCACCACGAUCUCCAACGAGAUCUCCACCAUGGUGAUCUUCACCACGAUCUCCAACGAGAUCUCCAUCAUCGCGGUGAUCUUCACCAUGAUCUCCAACGAGAUCUCCACCAUGGUGACCUCCACCAGGAUCUCCAGCGAGAUCUCCACCAUCACGGUGACCUCCAUCACGAUCUCCAACGAGAUCUCCACCAUGGUGAUCUCCACCACGAUCUCCACCAAGAUCUCCACCACGGUGUCCACCACGAUCUCCAGCAUGAUCUUCACCGUGAUUUCCACCAAGAUCUCCACCGGGAUCUCCACCGGGAUCUGCCGGAAUCGGCGCCGUUGCCGCUGCCCUGGGGGGACGAGGCCCUGCAGCCCUACAGGGAUGUUCUGGCUCCCGACGAGGACGAGUUGGUGGCCAUGGAGGUGUCGUCCCCUCCCGCCAUGGGCAAGAAAAUGCCCGGGGCCGGCGCUGGAGCCGCCCCCGCCCCGCCUGGGGCCCAAGCUGAGCCCGGAGCCCCCCGGCAGCAAGGCCGACGCCCCAGGACAACAAAGCCUGACGACGUGCGAGGCGUGCGGCGCCCGUUCCGAUCCAUAACCGGGACUGUGGUGGACCUCCAGCCUGACCACGUGCGAGGCGUGCGGCGCCUGCUCCUAUCCCCCUCCAGCCUGACCACGUGCGAGGUGUGCGGCGCCUGCUCCGAUCCCAUAACCGGGACUGUCCUCCAGCCUGACGACGUGCGAGCCUCCAGCCUGACCACGUGCGAGGCGUGCGGCGCCUGCUCCUAUCCCCCCCAGCCUGACCACGUGCGAGCCUCCAGCCUGACCACGUGCGAGGUGUGCGGCGCCCUGCUCCGAUCCCAUAACCGGGACUCCUCCAGCCUGACCCACGUGCGAGCCUCCAGCCUGACGAGCGCCUGCUCGGAUUCUGCGCUAGGGCUGUGUGCCCCCACCCUGACCACAUCCUCCAGCCUGACCAUGUGCGAGGCGUGCGGCACCUGCUCGGAUUCUGCGCUAGGGCUGUGUGCCUCCAGCCUGACCACGUGCGAGGCGUGCGGCGCCCUGCUCCUAUCCCAUAACCGGGACUCCUCCAGCCUGACCACGUGCGAGGCGUGCGGCACCUGCUCGGAUUCUGCGCUAGGGCUGUGUGCCUCCAGCCUGACCACGUGCGAGGCGUGCGGCGCCUGCUCCUAUCCCGUAACUUUGUCUGUCCUCCAGCCUGACCACCUGUCAGCCCCCAGCCUGACCACGUGCGAGGCGUGCGGCGCCUGCCCUGAUCCCGAACUGGGGCUCGCCUCCAGCCUGACCACCCAUGAGGUGUGCGGCGCCUGCUCUGAUCCCGAACUGGGGCUGGCCUCCAGCCUGACGACGUGCGAGGCGUGCGGCGCCUGCUCUGAUCCCGAACUGGGGCUGACCUCCAGCCUGACCACGUGCGAGGCGUGCGGCGCCUGCUUCGAGACGCAGGGCCUCUCGAGCCACGCCCGCUCCCACCUGCGCCAGCUGGGCGUGGCCGAGUCCGAGAGCUCGGGCGCGCCCAUCGAUCUCCUCUACGAGCUCGUGCGCCACAAGCCCAAGGCCGAGGGCCCCGCGCUGGCCAAGAAAUCGGCGGGCGGCUCCCCCAAGGACCGGGGGGCGCCGCGGCCGCCGCUGCUGCUGCUGCCCAAGCCCGAGGGCUCCCUCAGCAAGGCCAUCAAAUCCCCGCCGGGCUUCGCCAAGGCCCUGGGCCGGCCGGGCUCGCCCGGGCUCCGGAAGGUUCCGGCGCCGCUGCCGGGCUCGCCCAAGGGCGGCGAGGAGAAGGGGGCGAAGCUGGCGCUGAGCCCGCUGCCCGCCGAGGCCAAGUGGGCGCCCGACGACGACGGGCCCCUCAACCUUACCUCGGGCUCGGAGCCGUGCCGCGACAUCCGCUGCGAGUUCUGCGGCGAGUUCUUCGAGAACCGCAAGGGCCUGUCCAGCCACGCGCGCUCGCACCUGCGCCAGAUGGGCGUCACCGAGUGGUACGUGAACGGCUCGCCCAUCGACACGCUGCGGGAAAUCCUCACCCGCCGCCGCCCCGGCCACAAGGCCUUGCCCAAGAGCCUGCUGGGCGGGCUGGCCCCGCUGGAGCCGCCCCGGGCGCCCCCCGAGCUGCACCUGCCCCCGGGGCUGGGCAAGAAGCUCCCGGCGCCGCUGAGUCCCUCCGGCGCCGCCUCCUCGCCGCCGCCGCCGCCGCCCACGGCCAGGAAAAUGUUCCCGGGGCUCUCGGCGCCCUCGCUGCAGAAGAAACUGAAGCAGGACCAGCUCAGGGUGGAGAUCAAGCGGGAGCUGAUGGCUGGGGCAGCAGCAGCAGCGCCGGCGCCGCCGGACCCGGCCUGGGCGGCGCACGAGGAGAUGGCGCCGCUCAACCUCUCCUCCAGGGCGGACCCGGUGCGCGACAUCCGCUGCGAGUUCUGCGGCGAGUUCUUCGAGAACCGCAAGGGCCUGUCCAGCCACGCGCGCUCGCACCUGCGCCAGAUGGGCGUCACCGAGUGGUCGGUGAACGGCUCCCCCAUCGACACGCUGCGGGAAAUCCUCAGGAAGAAAUCAAGCCCUGCCUCAUCAAGAAGGAGCCGCCGCUGGCGCCGGGCUGGAGCCGGGCCCGGGCUGUGCGAGGAGGAGCCCAAGGCGCCCUCGGGGCCGGGCAAGGCGCUGCCGCCGGGGCUGGCCCUGGGCAAGGCGGGCUCGGGGCUGGCGCUGGCACCGCUGGGCUCCAAGGGCGGCCCCGGAGCCUUCCUGGCUGCCAAGAGACCCCUGGGCGACACGGACAGGCUGGGCGGGCACGGCGAGGCCAAGCACAAAGGCUUCGAGCUGGGCUUCAAGGCCAAGGCGCUGCACGACAAGGCCUGUGAAAGCUGCUGCGAGCUGUGCGGGCUGUACUUUGACAGGAAGGCGCUGGCCAGCCACGCCCGGGCGCACCUGCGGCAGUUCGGCGUCACCGAGUGGUGCGUGAACGGCUCGCCCAUCGAGACGCUGCGCGAGUGGAUCCGGCACCGCCCGCACAAGGCCGGCGCCUACCGCAGCUACAUCCAGGGCGGGCGCCCCUUCUCCAAGAAGUUCCGCAGCUCGGCGCACCCGCGGGAGCCGCGCGGGGCCUGGCCGUGCCCUUCCUGCCCAAGGGCGGGCUGGCGGCCGAGGCGGCGCUGGGGGAGUGCGGCAAGGGCCCCGAGGGAGCGGAGCGGGGCGCUGGGCACGCCGUCUGGGCGUGGUGAAGGUGGAGGAGCAGAGGGAGGGGCAACUUCACCAGUGAGUGUGGUGAAGGUGGAGGAGCAGAGGGGCAACUUCAGCAAGUUCGAGCGGCGCCAGGCGCGGCCCCUGGAGCCGCCGCUGCCGCGCGAGGCCGAGCCCGGCGCCGAGUUCCCGCGGAAGCUCCCGGAGCCGCGGCCGCCGCCGCGCGUGCGCCCGGUGCCCGCCCUGGUGCCGCGCCCGCCCCAGACCUCGCUCGUCAAGUUCGUGGGCAACAUCUACACCCUCAAGUGCAGGUUCUGCGAGGUGCAGUUCCAGGGCCCGCUGGCGGUGCAGGAGCAGUGGCUGCGGCACCUGCAGCGCCACAUCCUCGACAUGAAUUUCUCCACGGAGCCGCCGCCCGGCGAGGCCCCCCCGGAGCCCCCGGCCCUGCCUGAGAUGGCCCCGUAG